AUGAGGGCCCAUUCGUGGUAUUUGCAGCAGCAGCGGCCGCAGCAGUAGCGACGAACACUCGCCAGAAUCGACGUGGAUCGGGCCACCACAACGACUGUGUCACCUUUGUGCAGACGCGAGUUCGCUCAGUGUUUGGUUAGUGUUGUUCGAAUCGGAGGAUCCUAAACGACCACCUACACGAUGGGAGUUCCUGUUGGAGACGUCGAGAAGGGAAAGAAAUUGUUCGUGCAGAGAUGCUCUCAAUGUCACACGGUCGACAAGGGCGCAGGUCACAAAGUCGGACCUAACCUCAACGGUCUCUUCGGACGCAAAACCGGUCAAGCGGCCGGUUACUCGUACACCGAUGCGAACAAAGCCAAGGGAAUCACAUGGGGAGAAGACACGCUCUUCGAAUAUCUUCUGGACCCGAAGAAGUACAUCCCCGGAACCAAGAUGGUGUUCGCCGGUCUCAAGAAACCGCAGGAUCGCGCUGACCUCAUCGCGUACCUCAAGUCAGCCACCCAGUAGAUCCAUUGCGUUGUUCUAAUUGCUAGUGUGAAUAUGAAAGAUGGGAAAUGUGAGCAGAGAACGAUCAAUUCGUCGCAUCAUCUCGAAUAAAAUCGCAAGUUUCUCGUUAUUGGAAAUUAAAC